AAUACUUAAUAACAAUAAGUUUGUCGUGGGAGACACAGUCAUAAUCUGGUUAGACAAAGUAAAGUUAAUUGUUCUCUUGCGGUUAUCGUGACGUGUGGCAACACUCUGGCUGUUUGUUAUUGCGCAACCUCCCUGUGAAGUCCAAAAAAGAAUAGCAAAAUGCAAAACCCAAUUCAAAGGUUCGUUUACACGUUUGGCCAUCAUACCUACAGCCACUUGCCACUAUUCUGUGGAGCCGGUGUCAAAGCAACAGAUAUAACAACAAAAUUCCUCAUGGCAAAUUCCACACGCCUGUCUUCCUCCUCCGUGCUCGCCACGGAGUCUUCAAACAAGGGAAUGAUCAUCAUUAAUAGGCCAAAGGCGUUGAAUGCCAUUAAUCUGGAGAUGGUGCGAAAGAUUUACAAGCAUUUGAAGAAGUGUGAAAAGUCCAAAUCGCUUAUGAUAAUCAAGGGCACGGGUGAUAAGGCGUUCUGUGCCGGCGGAGAUGUACGAGCAUUGGUCGAUGCUGGUCCCACGGACGAGUCGAAGAGCUUCUUUCGCGAGGAGUACACAACGAACGCCUUAAUUGGAAACUAUAAGAUACCCUACAUCGCCAUUAUCGAUGGUAUUACCAUGGGAGGCGGAGUUGGGCUCAGUGUCCAUGGCAAAUAUCGUGUGGCCACCGAUCGCACCCUGUUCGCCAUGCCAGAGACGGCCAUUGGACUGUUUCCCGAUGUGGGUGGCUCAUACUUCUUGCCACGGCUGCAGGGCAAGUUGGGUCUUUAUUUGGGAUUGACGGGUUAUCGUCUACGCGGCGCUGAUGUCUUCCAUGCUGGCAUUGCCACGCACUACUGCGAGAGCAGUAAGAUUCCCGAACUGGAGACAGCUCUCCUGAACUGCCCAGAUGCUGAUGAUAUUCCUGAUUUACUGCAAAAGUUCCAUAGUAAGCCAGAGAAACCAUUUGCACUGCAGCCCGUUCUGGAGCAGAUCAAUAAAAACUUUUCUGCCAGUUCCGUGGAGGGCAUACUCGAGAAUUUGCAAAACGAUGGCAGCGAUUGGGCAAAGAAAACGUUGGAGGUCCUUUGUAAGGUAUCGCCCACGUCACUGAAGAUUACCCAUCGCCAACUGGAGCUGGGCUCGCAGUUGUCCUUGGCGCAAUGCCUGAUCAUGGAGUAUCGUCUGGCUGUGCGUCAUUUGGAGCCGAAAGCCGACUUCAAGGAGGGAGUGCGUGCCUUGCUCAUCGACAAGGAUCAGAGCCCCAAAUGGAAUCCGGCAACGUUGGCUGAAGUUACCGAGGAGCAUCUGCAAUGGUUCUUCAGCAAAUUGCCCGACACCGAGGAACUGAAAUUGUAAUGUAGCUGAAGCUAAAGCAAGCUUGCAUAGUUUAUAGCCGCACGACUUUCCUGCUCCAGUUCUGUUAUCCUGCUAACCACGAUAUACACUGUACACUCUGAACACCUGAACAUUGCAACUGAUUUGAUUUGUUGAGCAUGCAUUUCGCUUGAGUUUUCUACCAAAAUUAUCUGUUAAGAGUUGCUUUAUAAGAACGGUUGCUUAACGUUUGUAAUCUCUUUUAUCUCUUUUUGAACAGCGACUAGCUCGUGGGAAAUUUCUUAAGAUGUGUUUACACAAAUACCGUACGUGAAAUUUGAUGCAUUUAUAUAUGAUAUACAUAUAUAUUAUAUACAAUUUAAAUAUUAUACAUUACGAUACUAAUUGUGCCUAAAGAAAUAUAUAGUAGAAAUCGGUUAACAAUAGUAAAUUGGAAAUUAUAGCAAUAGCAA